CGCGCGCGCAGUGAUCACCUCCUUGCUUACGAUUGCGAUGUGCGCAUGCGUAAGGAGUGGCGCGGCGGUUUGAAUCGGUCAGGACGGUUAAAAAAAAACCCCAUAACAGUGGAGUCAGACACUUAAUUUUCAAGCUGAGGUAUUCGCCUUUAAGAAUCACUACUUGUGAGCUUUCCUUCAUCGUUCUCUGCUGGAGAGAAGAAUUGGGCUUGUAUGUGUACUGGAAGUUGUGUAUGUAGGUGCUCUUCUAACUGGAUUAUCUGACCUUUUUGGGGCAAGCGACUCUUUGAUGUUCUUCAACUGCUGGGAAUAUAUCAAGCUUUGGGGACCUUGGUUUACAUUCUUGCCUGUUCUGGGGAAAGGUUUGAAACCAGACUGGCAGAUGAAUGAUUACCUAAUUUGCCCUUCCCAGCUGGGAGACUGAAGGGAUGAAGCAAAGGGGAAAUGCCAAGAAUCCAAAGCAGGCUUUGCACGUUCGCCCUAGCAGCCAAACUGAUCUCUCUGCAUGGCAAAUAGGAGAGAGAAAAUCUGGCCCAAAGACUGUGGAUUUGAAAAGUACUCAGAAACCUGAGAAAGAGAAGCAACAAUCUGUCAGUGAGCAGGCAGGCAACAACACAGAAGACUAUCUAGAGCAAGCUCUGACCUAUUUUGAGAGAGCGAAAGACCACAUUCCACUGAGAAAGAAUGAGGUCCUGCAGAAACACUUGGCUACUGUGGAAACAAUUGCCCUGCAGAGAGGGUUAUCUCCAGAAGGACUUGAUGUGUUGCUGAAUGUGGCGCUCAGUGGUCGACUUGCUGAUACAGUAAAUAGUCGGAUCUUGAAAUGCUUGAUUCCAGCCUCAAUAAUAGCAGAAAGUUCAGUGGUUUCAGCUGUGUCCUGGCUUUGUGUCGGCAACUGCUCUUGCAGCACCCAGUUGCUCUUCUUAAGAUGGCUGAUUGCAAUGUUUGACUUCAUUGAUCACAAAGAGAAGCUUCAUGCCCUCUAUGGCUUCUUCUUCUGCUCCCUGCAAGAUGAGAAGCUGUGUCCCUAUAUUUGUCAUCUGCUGUAUCUGCUGACUAGAAAAGAGAAUGUUAAACCUUUUCGUGUGAGGAGACUGAUAGAUCUACAAGCAAAGAUGGGAAUGCAGCCUCAUCUGCAGGCUCUCCUGUCAUUGUACAAACUUCUCUGCCCUGAGCUGGUAUCCAUAACUCUGCCUGCAAAGGCGAAGUCCUAUUUCAAGAACUCAGAAAGACUAUGGAAGGCAGCAAUCAACACUGUAAGGCGAAGAAAUCAGGCAACAUCUCUGACAUCCCAGCAACUGAUUCUAGACAUUGGUCACCCUCAGUCCCGGAAGAGAAAAUGGAAUACCCAGCUGAUUUUGCCUGCUUGCACCAUGGACACAAACAAGAUAACUAGGAGCAAAGCGAUUAUCCAUGCUGAUAUCCUCAGUCACAGUGAAUCUUUCCCAGUGGAGGAGCUGCAAACUUUCUCCCAGCUCUUAAAGAACAUCCACCGCCUGGAGUUUCCUUCCCAGAUGGGCUCAGUGCUAAGGAACUCCCUGCUGCUUCACUACAUGAAUUGCGUCAAAGAUGAAUCGAUCUACUUGAGGCUCUACUAUUGGAUGGGCCAGACUCUUCAAGAAGAAUGCACUUGGUAUAAGAUUGAUAACCAGCAGUAUGAAGAAGAGUUCAAGGACUUCCUGGAUAUUGUCUACAAGACAGAGUGCUUUUUGCAGGAGGGGUUCUCUUCUUGUGAAGAAUUCUUAUAUAAGAGCCUCCCCCUCUGGGAUGGUUUCUGCUGUCGAUCGCAAAUCCUCAGACUGGUGAGCUGGAUCCCCCUCAGCAGCUUCUCAGAAAUGAAACCACGUCUCUGUGAACCCCUGGCACAGCUUUUUUUCACAUCAUCCCUUUAUUUUAAGUGUAGUGUUCUUGAGAGUCUGAAGGAUCUGUUGCAGAACUGGCUGAAUUGGCAUGUGAUGCAGUUGGAUAUAGAGUCUGAUCCUAAAAUCAGUCCUUUGAACACCACUCUUUCUGGACUGGUGAACUCUGUGGCUGAGCUGAUCCACUUUGUCGGCUGGAUCUCCACUGUAGCUCUGCGUUUGGAGAACAAUGUUACUUUCUUGCUGUACUUUAUUCUGGAUUUCUAUGAGACCGUGUGUGAUGUGUAUCUUAAGUAUAACCUUCCCUUGUUGGUGAUGCCACCUCCUGGAGUUUUCUACCCAGCACUACUCAGCAUGGAUUCUGUUAAUCUUAACCAGCUCUGCUACAUUAUGUACAGGUAUCGAACCAACUUGGUAGCUGCAAAAGAAAAUGAACUGAUCAAAAAGACAAUACUGCAAUUCAAGUUCAGUAGCCAGACUUACCAAGAGUACAACCAGUACAUAAUGGCCAUGGUGGGCUGUCUAUGGACAUCAAGUGCUUUCCAGAAAGAUAUCCACCCUCAGGGCAUUCGCCUAGAUCCGGAAGUACUGAAGAAAACCAGAGUGCAGGAGGUCAGAAACAGCUUCAACAUUGUCCAUCACCCAGCCCUGAUGGGCUAUGCUAUCCUCUUUUUGCAGCAGGCUUGGCCAGAAGAUAAAACCUUGAACUUCAGCUUAAUUAAGGGUAGAAGGUGGAACUGGUAUCUGGAAUAUCUCUACACACAAGGAUUACAAGGCCUCAAACUCUUCAUUGAAAGCAGCAUCAAUCGUGUUUCCCAAGCCUCCCAAACCAAGUCGGACAAUGUUCAGAUGUAACAAACUGGUUUAUAUGGAUUCUUCUGAUUGUCCAGAUCUGGAAAGCAGAGUAUAAUGGGCCCUGCCUCUUACACCUAGGGGAAGAAGUAGACUGGCAGCUAGCCAUGUUACAUUUUUACACUGACAUCCCCUUAGAAUGGUUUUAUUGGCCUUCCUCAAUGGAGCACUGAACUUGAUGUCCCUGCCAGACUUCUGUGGUGUGAUGCUGUUGAGUUGGUGUCUUUUUGCAAAGUGUCUGUUAAGUAUCAAUUUCCUCAUACAGCAGUGUUUAUUUCAGCUAAGCCACAAACACUUCUGCUUUUUUUAUUUCAUUGUGGCAUUUAGUAGGGCACCUUCACUUAAAAUGAUUCCUGACUUCCCUCUGCAGCAUGCAGUGAAGCGUGUGUGUAUGUUGCGCGCACACACCUUUUUAGGGGAUUGUAUGUAUUGACUUGUGCUGAGUCCUUUUGUGGUGAUGUCUGUUUAUACUGCUUGAGAGGAUCUGUAACAGGCUGGCCUACCUGACCCUUUGUAUUUUACUUUGAAGAUGAAACCUCCUAAGGAUGCUUUCCUUGGUACCACUCUUUAGGACAUUUUCACGUUGCAGCUGGAAGAUUAAGUGCUAAAGUUCAUGUUUUAUGGAUGUUUUGAGUAUCCUACGGCAUUGCUAACAGCUCAAUAUUUUCUUGUGACCAAUCUAAAUGCAGUUUUCCCUUGUUUGUAGCUAUGUACAUAACUGUGUAUUAUAUAUAUUUAUAUUAUGUAAAAUACUGCCUAAGCACCACUGCAGAGCAACUCUUGCAAACUCAGAUCAGUUAAAAGAAACAACUCCAUUUCAUAAGCUACGUAUUUUGGGUGUAAAGCAGGGUUGUGAUUCUUUAGCUUCUAGCUUCUGAGAACAGAGAGAACGCUGAUCAUGAUUUCAAGUAGUUUGUACUUUUUUUUCCCCUGCCUCCAAAAAAGAUACGUCAGGAAAUUUUGUGGGUUUUUCCCCCUUUUUCAGCAAUAGUUACCAACAGAUGGUGGUGAAUUACCUCUGAAAGACCCUACUUAUUUCUUUGUCUCCAAUACCAUGUUACCCGUAGGCUCGUAUUGUUGAAGGCAAAUGGCCUUGCUAAUAAACUCUUAUGCUCCAACAGUGG